GGGCCGCGCGCGAGCGCAGCGGUGGGAGGCGGCGGCGAGCUGCUGAGUGCAGGCUGCUGGCUGUGACCUCCUGGCUUCGGGCGGACGUCAGCCCAGCUUCGUCCUUGCCUCGACCUCUCCCCGGUCUCUUGUGAGCCUCCGCUCGGCCCCGGCCUCGAGGGCCGACCGCUCCGCACCCCCUCGGCCUGCCGGGCCUCAGACCGCGCCCUGCUCCCGCCGUCGGGCCGAACUCGCCGCGUCGGACCCCGCCGCUUGCCACAGGUUGAGGCCCCAGGCUUGGCCUCACCACGAUGUGGCACGAGGCUCGGAAGCAUGAGCGGAAGCUUCGAGGUAUGAUGGUCGACUACAAAAAGAGGGCAGAACGGCGGCGGGAGUACUAUGAAAAGAUCAAGAAGGACCCGGCCCAGUUCCUGCAGGUGCACGGUCGAGCUUGCAAGGUGCACCUGGAUUCUGCAGUUGCCCUGGCCGCCGAGAGCCCCGUUAACAUGAUGCCCUGGCAGGGGGACACCAACAACAUGAUUGACCGCUUCGAUGUCCGCGCCCACCUGGACCACAUCCCUGACUACACCCCGCCUCUGCUCACCACCAUCUCCCCAGAACAGGAAUCGGACGAGCGGAAAUGUAACUACGAGCGCUACCGAGGCCUGGUGCAGAAUGACUUUGCUGGCAUCUCAGAGGAGCAGUGCCUGUACCAGAUCUACAUUGACGAGUUGUACGGAGGCCUCCAGAGACCCAGUGAGGAUGAGAAGAAGAAGCUGGCGGAGAAGAAGGCUUCCAUUGGCUACACCUACGAGGACAGCACGGUGGCCGAGGUGGAGAAGGUGACAGAGAAGCCUGAGGAGGAGGAGUCACCAGCCGAGGAGGAGAGCAACUCGGACGAAGAUGAGGUCAUCCCCGACAUCGACGUGGAGGUGGACGUGGAUGAACUGAACCAGGAGCAGGUGGCAGAUCUCAACAAACAGGCCACGACCUAUGGCAUGGCCGAUGGUGAUUUCGUCAGGAUGCUCAGGAAGGACAAGGAGGAGGCAGAGGCCAUCAAACACGCCAAGGCCCUUGAGGAGGAGAAGGCCAUGUACUCGGGCCGUCGCUCCCGGCGCCAGCGGAGGGAGUUCCGGGAGAAGCGGCUAAGGGGCCGCAAGAUCAGCCCUCCCAGCUAUGCCCGCCGAGACAGCCCCACCUAUGACCCUUAUAAGCGGUCGCCCUCGGAAUCCAGCUCCGAGUCCCGCUCCCGCUCCCGCUCCCCGACCCCAGGCCGCGAGGAGAAGAUCACAUUCAUCACCAGUUUUGGGGGCAGCGAUGAGGAGGCAGCCGCAGCCGCAGCUGCAGCAGCUGCGUCAGGGGCCGCCACAGGGAAGCCCCCCGCGCCCCCCCAGCCAGGCGGCCCCACACCGGGACGUAAUGCCAGCGCCCGCCGCCGCUCCUCCACCUCCUCCUCCUCCUCUUCCGCCUCGAGGACCUCCAGCUCCCGCUCCCGCUCCAGCUCCAGCUCCCGCUCCCGCCGCGGCGGUGGCUACUACCGCUCGGGCCGCCACGCGCGCUCCCGCUCGCGCUCCUGGUCGCGCUCCCGCUCCCGCUCUCGGCGCUACUCGAGAUCCCGCAGCCGCGGCCGGCGGCACUCAGGGGGGGGCUCCCGAGACGGACACCGCUACUCCCGUUCGCCUGCCCGGCGUGGCGGCUACGGGCCCCGGCGCAGAAGCAGGAGCCGCUCCCGCUCAGGGGACCGCUACAGGCGGGGCGGCCGGGGGCCCCGGCACCACAGCAGUAGCCGCAGCCGCAGCAGCUGGUCCCUCAGCCCGUCCCGAAGUCGCAGCCUGACUCGCAGCCGCAGCCCCAGCCAGAGCCGCAGCCCCAGCCAGAGCCGCAGCCGCAGCCGCAGCCGCAGCCGCAGCCACAGUCACUCGCCGUCGCCCCCAAGGGAGAAGCUGGGCAGGCCGGCAGCGUCCCCCGCUGUGGGCGAGAAGCUGAAAAAGACCGAACCUGCCGCUGGUAAAGAGACAGGAGCUGCCAAACCCAAGCUGACGCCACAGGAGAAGCUGAAGCUGAGGAUGCAGAAGGCACUGAACAGGCAGUUCAAGGCGGAUAAGAAGGCGGCUCAGGAGAAGAUGAUCCAGCAGGAGCAUGAGCGCCAGGAGCGGGAAGAUGAGCUUCGAGCCAUGGCCCGCAAGAUCCGUAUGAAGGAACGGGAACGCCGAGAGAAGGAGAGAGAAGAAUGGGAGCGCCAGUACAGCCGGCAGAGCCGCUCGCCCUCCCCCCGUUACAGUCGAGAAUACAGCUCUUCCCGAAGGCGCUCAAGGUCCAGAUCCCGAAGCCCCCACUACCGACACUAGGCAGAAGCGUGGGGGGGCAGAGGGGUGAGGGGGUGGGGCGAGGGCUCAAGCUGCGAUGCUGCUGGUUUUAUCUCUAAUGGAAUAAAAUCACACAUUAUUUAA